AUGUCCUUCAAAAAUAAUAACGAUGGACAUAAUCGGAACUCGAGGCGGUUUUCUAAUUCCUCUUUCAACCCGAUUCCAAAGAAUACUUUAAUCAAUGACAAUGAAUUAACUCAAGGCCCCUUACCUUUUCAGAAAGACCCAGAAGCCCAAAAUGAUAACAACAAUAGUGAUAAUGGUUUAUACAUAUCAGAAACAAAAGUGCAACCAAAAAAAAUGGCCCCCAAUUUGAUAACAGGUUUGAAUAACGGUUACAAUUUCUCCAACAAUUUCAUCAAUUCGCCUGUCGACAACAAUUUGACGGUCUCUUCUCCUUUCAACUUUAACAAGAAUCCAACUCUGAGUUCUGGAAACUUAACAGUGGACACACCUAUUACUUUGGUGAAUAAGGAUAUACUGCGAUUGUUUGGGACUAGACCUGCGGAACCUUCUUCCCUUGCUGAUAACAGUGGUUUACUUGCAACCCAUAUAAAUGGUUUGAGCCUGAAUGAUGACCCUGGUAAUUAUCGUACCCAACCAAACUCUUUCAGUGAAUCGUUUAUUCACACAGCUAAGGUUAACACUUUCAGAAAUGAAGAUAGAUCAUUGGACCAUGAUGAUAACAGAACUGCAGGCGACACCAAGACUCAAAUUAAAGCUAUUCCUCAAGAAGAAAAGACAUAUGAGGAAAAGGAGGAGGCUAACCAAAGCCUUAGCCGGUCAUUCGGUGACAUCAGCACUGCUCAAUGCUCAACAUUAUUAGAAAGAGACUUUCCCGCAGAGAUUCUUCCAUUUGAGUUGUUAGAAAAGAUUGAUGGAAACUAUUAUAUCAAUAAUGAUAAAACAUUGACACUUCCCAAUAAUAAUUACAAUCACUUAUAUGAUAAUCAUGAAAUGUUUGAUGAUGCCGAAAGCACAACCAAGAGAGAUAGCAUGAUCCUACGAGUCAGAACACAAAAUAAUUUAAAAUAUCAUGAAGAGAAUAGGAAAACUGAGAAAGUUGCUGAUAAUGAAGAGGCAAUAGAAGAAAGUGAUUUCGAUGAGGUAGAGGAAACUGGAGAUAGGAAAGCUGGUAGUAAGAAAGGUAAAUCUCGAUUAAGACCACGUACAUAUUCCGAAUCAGAAACCGCAAAUUUUUCAGUAAUUACCGGAGAACGUUUAUAUGAUGAUGGUAAGCACAGACCAUUUUUCAGUUUGCAUAAGAAUCAUGAAAAGUUGCAGGAUGAUUCCAUCCAUUCUACAAGAAACAAUAGUAGCACAAGAGUCAACCUGAAUAAGCAAAAUAAGGAUAAAGAGAUUUAUCGUGGUCUUGAUAUUGAGUCCAAUUCUAAUUUGCAAACACCAUAUAUGAGCAGAGAUAAUUCAAAUAAUGAUAGUGCAAUGCAGAUUCCUUUCAAUAUUACUCUUCAUGGCGGUACAAUUGUCCCAGAUGCCAACUACAAGCCUGUGUUUGAUGCGCGUAAUAAGGCUAAUUAUAACAGAGAUUUUGGUUUGGCUAAGACCCAUCAGAUAUCCACAUCACACCUUGAACUUUUGAAUCCUGGUGCUUCUAAUAAGGUAAAUUACUCCAGUGGGUUGCGUCUUCACCCAAAUGUUGAGAUUUAUCGCAACUAUGAAAGUUUACUUGGCUGUGAAGAUGAAUAUAUCCCUGGUUUGGAUUUCAAGACAAGCAUUGGUCAGUGGUUUGACAAUGAUAAUGAUUACAGAAGAUAUUACAAAUUGCAAUUAAUUGGAAGUUAUGCACAUGACAACAAACCUCAAAUAGUUUUGGAGACCAUUGAAAGUAUAAAAAGCGUUAGAAGUUUUGAUAAUCAAGAUGAGUUGACAUUGGAUGUGCCAAAUCACGAUGAUGAUCCCACAUUGACAGAAGCACCUCACGAUUAUACGUAUAAAGAAAUCGUUGAAUCUAAAGACAAUGUUUCCUCAACUGAAAAUAAAUCUUUAGUCUCCAAGAAAAAUGAUGAGCGCUUCACUCAGUCAUAUAAACGACAUGUGAAUCAAAAUUUAAAAAACUACAAAAAAAAUAUCUUAAACUUUAAUGAUUAUGAUUAUAAUAAUUUGUAUGGUGGCCAUAAAAAAUUCAAUGAGAUCCCAAACUUUAUCCUUGAUAGGAAGAACAAGGCUAAGAAUGGAGAGACUGUCGAGACCUCAAAGGAAAACCAGAAGAAGUCACCGGUGCUUGAUGGUUUGAAUGAGAAAAGCUCUCCUAAAACUCCUAACAGUACUGACUCGUCUAACAUCAACACUCCUACAAGAUCUAGGUUUGGACUAGAUACAAUUAUUUUAGAUUCUCCGAGAACUCUAUCUAAUAAUGCCAUCUUGAGAUCAAAUGGUUAUGCUGGUAUACUGUCCGUCCCGAAGCCUAUUUCUGGAACGAAAAGCCCUUCAGCCCCAAGGAAUAGUGUGAAAUUUGAAUUUGGUACAGUUAUCGAAAACAGUAGCACUUCCGAAGCUUCAUCAGUUAUGUCCUCGCCUAUAGCUAUAAAUGAUAUAGCCAGGGCUCGCCAACUAAAUACUGAAAAAGAUUUCAGUCAAACUAUCGAGCGACACGAUCUUGAAAAAAAAAACGAGCCCCUGUCUUUAUCAUCCCAAAUUAAAGAGGUCCCUGAGGCCGAAGUUGAUUCCAAAGAUUCUGCUAGUCUUGCUUCACCAAUUAUUGAGCAAAAGAAACCUGAAGAAGCUAAGAAAGUUGAUUAUGAGAAGUUGAUCGAUAAACUACCUGACGAUUUCCUUGAAUUGCGUUUUUCUGAAAGACGAAAGAUUCUUUUGAACAUUUUGCCUCCAAAUGACAAGAACAAUAAGAUUGAUUCCAAAUUACUACUACAAUUGAUUAAGAAAAAGUUUGAGAAGAAAUCUGACCAGGCAGACUCAUCAAAAAAGGCACAACCUACUAAGCCAACAACCGCUGCCGCAAAAUUUUUAUCGAGAGUUGGUAAGAAUACCGGAAAAAAACACAAUAUCGAUGAUAGAGGAUCAAUCGUUAUGAACCACGAAUUGGGUAAAAUCAUUGGAUAUGGCUCUUGGGGUAUUGUUAGAGAAUGUUAUAGUUUGGCCGAAAAUGACAAUAAUGUAAUACUGCAUUCUAUAGGCACCCCUCAAAGACUUGUAAGGGCCAUUAAGAUUGUCAAGACCAAGAACGAAAUCGUUAGGAAAUGCUUUAAAAAGGAGAUAAAGAUCUGGAAAUUGUUGAAUCAUAAAAGAUUAUUGCCAUUAUUGUUCAUCAAGGAAACGAGUUAUGCAAUCUUUUGUAUCACUCCAAGAAUUUACGGCGGAACAUUAUUUGACAUUGUGUCCAAUUGGGGGUAUUAUAAUGAUCCUAACUCACCCAUCGCUAUUUCGAAAAGGUUAGUAUUGAUCAAGAAAUUUAUUUGGGAGAUAUUGGAUGGCUUGAGUUAUAUGCAUUAUAAUGGUAUUGUGCAUGGAGAUUUGAAACUAGAAAAUUGUUUAAUUGAUGAGAUUGUUAACCCAGUAUCAAACAAAAUUGAGAACCAUAUUUUGAUUUGUGAUUUUGGAAUGAGUUGCUUCUACAUUAAUCCAGAAAGGUCCAGAAAAAAUUCUAUUUCUUCAGCAAGAUCAUCUUUGACACGGUUGAAUACCUUAUCAGGCAAUUACAUCGAUAUAGAUGUUUCUUCACGUCCACAAAUUCCAAGAUCGUCAUCAUCGGAGAACUUGUCAGUGUCUUACAACAAAAUGCAUGCAAUCCUCUUCAACAAGAAGGUGACCCAUGAUGAUACACCGGCUGGUAUCUCGUCGUUCCCGAAAUCUUAUGGUCCUGCACCUACCUCCACAACAUUGAAUUUAUCACCAAUCAGUUUCAAUUAUAUUCAAAACGAGCAACCUAGCAAUGAUAAAACUCCUUUGCCGCAUACCCAUAUUGGCUCAUUACCAUAUGCGUCACCAGAAAUUUUGCUACCAAAUCCACCUCCAUUAGGUCCCAUGGCAGAUAUUUGGGCACUCGGUGUAUUGCUAUAUACCAUGGUAGUUGGUAAAUUACCAUUCCAGCACAAUUUUGAGCCUAGAUUGCGUGCCAUGAUUGCCAGAGGUAAAUAUGACACGCAAUGUUUACAGGUUGCAGGAGGAAGCGCGCCAGCUAUCAUUGAUAUUAUCAAAGGAUGUUUAAUCAAGGACAUUACUUCGAGAUGGGACCUUGAUGGAAUUGUUGAAACAUUAGCAAAAUCAGACUAG